AUGGCACUGAUGAAAGUGAAGUUUGACAUGAAGAAGCGAGUGAAACUCGCCCAGGGACUGUGGUUGAUGUACUGGCUGGCUGUCAUGGCGGGCGUCCUCGUUUUCAGUAUGGGGCUCUUCUUCAAGAUCGAGCUACGCAAGCGGAGUGAGAUGAUGGACAACAAGGAGAGCCACUUCGUCCCAAACCUGCUCAUACUGGCGGGGCUGGUGGCGUGCGGAAUCAAUACCUUCGGCGGGAAGAUCUGCUACGACUCAUUGGACGCCACCAAGUUUGCCAAGUGGAAGCCCCUGCUGAAGCCCUUCCUGGUUGGCUGCUUGCUGUUCAACGUUCUCCUCUUUUUCACAGCCUUCCUGUGCUUCACCAUGCGUCUUGCCCUGCAGUUCACGCUGGCCGAGGGCCUCAAGAACAGCAUGAAGUACUACAAGGACACGGACACGCCAGGCCGCUGCUUCAUGAAGAGGACACUAGACUUGACGCAGAUUGAGUUCCGCUGCUGUGGAAAUAACAACUACAAAGACUGGUUUGAAAUUCAGUGGAUCAGCAACCGCUACCUGGACUUUAGCUCCAAGGAGGUCAAAGACCGCAUCAGCAGCAACGUGGAUGGGCAGUACCUGAUGGAUGGAGUCCCGUUCAGCUGCUGCAACCCCAGCUCCCCGCGACCCUGCAUCCAGUACCAGGUGACCAACAACUCGGCCCAUUACAGCUACGACCACCAUACCGAGGAACUCAACAUCUGGAAGCGUGGCUGCAAAGAGGCCCUGCUCUCCUACUAUGGUGGCAUGAUGAACACCAUCGGCAUGUUGGUGCUGCUGGUCAACGUCCUGGAGGUGGCAGUGAUGGUGGGCCUGCAGUAUGUGAACACGGCCUUGUCAACUCUGGUGAAUCCCGAGGACCCCGAGAGCGAGAGUGAAGGCUGGUUGCUGGAGAAGACCGUAAAAGAGACCUUCACCGACCUCAUGGAGAAAAUGAAGUCCCUUGGAAAAGGCAAUCAGGUGGAGGGGGGUGGGGAGGAGCAGGUUGUCACCACGGUGAGCUGA